AUGACAAAUCCAAGUUCACCACCGAUCGCUUCAUCUACCAAUAACAAUUCAACAACAUCAACACUCUCAUCGGCAAGUUUCGCAAAUUACUACGAUGCAAAUACCGCUGCGGCGGCAGCAGCAGCCGCGGCAGCCGCUGCAGCCUACUAUCCACCAUUACCUCCACCGUCAGCAGGCAAUCGUUUGGGACAACCUUCUUCUACAUCUGUACAAUCCUAUGGUGUUCACCAGACAAAUCCUUAUACGGGUUAUCCUGAUGCCUAUCACUUACUUUCACGACCACCAGCUGCAUAUCCGUAUGCUAUGUCAUCAGUCAAUUCUAAAGAAUUAGCGAAACCUGCAAUGAGCUAUAUCGCCCUGAUAACAGCGGCUAUUCAAAAUAGUCCCGAUCACAAAUGUACUCUAAACGGUAUUUAUCAAUAUAUUAUGGACCAAUAUCCAUAUUAUCGAGAAAAUAAACAAGGUUGGCAAAAUUCAAUUCGCCAUAAUCUAUCGUUAAAUGACUGUUUUGUUAAAGUUUCACGGGACGAUAAACGACCAGGCAAAGGAUCGUAUUGGAUGCUACAUCCUGAUUCACACAAUAUGUUUGACAAUGGUUCCUUUCUACGGCGACGUCGUCGUUUUAAACAAGAGUCAUCUAAUCAUCUACAUCGAAAUCAACAAUCUGCUGGUGGUAAUGGAGGUCGACGAGGUCAAUUACAUCAGCGAAACUCACCAAGUCUAAUCAGUCCAACAUCGACAAGUAAUUCUCUUGAAUCACGACCGAAUGGUACGAAAUCGAAUCGUUCUCGAAAUCCCGGAACUAAUUCAGUUGUCAAAGAGUCUUCACCGGAUGAUACCGAUUGCCCCGAGUCAUCACGAAAGAAACUUACUGGUGGAUAUACAACUCCAAAAAUGGAACCGGUGGAAGCAAGCGAAUCAGGUGAUCAUCUUUCAACAUAUGGUCUACCAUCGUCAUCCAAAACCCCACCCAUGUCAAAUAGUUUACCAGGAGCAAUACCAAACUUUAAUUUUAUCGAUCCGAUGACAAUGGCAGCUGUUAUUUACGAACAGACUGGUGGCACGUCAUCGACUACAUCAAAUUCAUCGAAUUCAUCGACAACAUCAUCGAUCUCCUUAGCUGCUGCUGCCUAUGCCGCUGCUUCUUCAAACUAUCCAUCAUCGUCAUUAAAUGGAAAUACAAAAACAACUCAGCUUCAUCCCCAUCAUAUUCAUAACGGUAAUAACACACCGCAUCACAAUGGUCAACAUCUCUACUCACCCAACAACGACUAUAUUUCAUCUUCUGUAAGCACAUCGAAUGGCUACUGGCCCUACUCGAGUCAAACAUACUUUCCCAGCACAACAAGACAGUACAUGGUCACUCAACCGCCUCCGUCAUGUCCUAUAACACCAACAGGAGUGUCUGACACAUCUUCAUCAUCUUCCCAACAAGAUCUAUCCUAUCAUACACACGGAUCAUAUCCACACAUGCAGAAAAUGGUUGGUAAUUAUCCAGCUAGUUAUGAAUUUUACCAGCAACAUAACAAUAAAUACUGUUAA